AUGCCUCUAUCUUCCGUUACUGGUUGCUACGGUUCCUAUUUCACCUGCCCGGAUACCAAUCGUCCCAUUCCAAAGUCCUAUAUGUGCGACGGACAAGUUGAUUGCGAACCAAAUGGCGAAGACGAGCAGGAUUGCAGCCUGCCCAGCGUGAUUCGACCCCCGCGCCCACAGGAGGUGUUGGGCAUUGAGGGCACUAACCUGACCCUGGAGUGUGUGGUACACGGCCGGCCAGCACCUGCGGUAAACUGGCGCUUCAACUGGGGCCCCAUCGGCAGUGAUGUGCCUCACCACCUGGAGAACAGGGUGGAGGACUGCGAACGUACCGUGAGUCAGCUCACCCUCGUGAACAUCCAACCUCGCGCCGCUGGGAUGUACACGUGCGAGGGUGUUAACAGGGCAAUCACCUUGGCACCCGACUACAUAGUAAACAUCGCUACUGGAAAUAUCUGUUCACCGCCGACAUUCAACGAUGCUGCCUGGUUUACGGAAAUGUGCCUCACAUGCUUCUGUUCAAACGUUUCUGACCAAUGCAGAAGCCUUCGAGGCUACAGCAUUGCUGAUAUCGACCAGUACGCAAAGCCGUCCAUCGAUGAUGUUAAAUUAGUAGAAUAUGACAACGCAGAUCAACCUGUCACAGAGAAACUCAGUGGAUUGCAAAUGACUGACUCAACAUUCACAGUUCCGGCAACGUACGAACAGCCAGUUUUCCUUGAAGGCACUUUUGGCCUUUCAGGUUCCUGGGUUAACUCCUACAGCCUCUACCUGAAAGCCGACAUCACACUUCGUGGACCAACAGACGGUUACACGCCUUUAUCGCUCAUAACUCUGGAGGGAAAUGGGCAAAAGAUUCACUACUGCCCACUUAAAGACCGCCUGGCUCUCUACACCUCCGAGCAGGGUCAUCUGAACCAACUACAGGUACGGCUGACGGAACGUGACGGCUGGUCUUUGGACCCGAACUGCACCCGCAGCGAUCAGGCAGCAACCAGGGAUCAGAUGAUGACCGUGCUGUCCAAUCUGGAAAAAAUCCGAUUUCGAGUCAAGCACUAUAAAAACCAAGAAAGUUAUAGUAUUGGAAACAUCCGUCGCGAAUAUGUUGUACCCUCGGAUGCGCUAGGCAUGCUUCAUCCUGAAAUUGAGUCCUGCCAGUGUCCAGAGGGCUACAUGGGUCUAUCUUGUGAGACUUGCGACAAAGGGUGGGAGCGCGAUCCGAAGGACCCCCUCAAGUGCCGCAAGGCCUGCUACUGUGAGGAAUGUGACGAAGAGGGCAACUGCAUUGCCUGUCCACCGAACAAUACUGGACCUGAUUGUAGAGGCUGUAAACCUGGAUUCUACCGUGCAGCAGACCAGCCGGAAACAUCACCUUGCCUUCCUUGUGGAAAAUGUGGCAAUGGAUACGCCCACGUGAGCAAGGAAUGUUUUGCGGAUGCAACGUUGCCUGAUGGUUAUCGCUGUCGAUGUGAGGCUCGCGAGAAUGGGCAGCUGGUGGAAAAUGAGUGUGACUUGUGCGAGCUCGAGGAACCUCCCGAGGAGGCAAACUGUGCGGACCGGCCGCCCAAGCACAAGUGUCUCGCCGAAGGAACGGAAAGUGUCGGUGAGGACGGAGCAUGUGCAUGUAGGGAAGGAUAUGCUGGUGAAGACUGCAGUACAUGUGCGACAGGCUGGAUGAAAUUUGGAAACAAGUGCCUAGCCUGUUACUGCGCUGGUGCAACCGACUCCUGCCGUGCGUCUGAGAGACAUUUCUUUGAAAAUAUAACUUUGGCUAAUCCUGGACGCUACAAACUGGACGCUGUAAUGGCAAUAAAAAUGCCGACUGGAGAACUUGAUCCCAUUCCUCUGGACGACGAAGGGAAUCCACGAAUCAAACAUGUAUAUGCAGAAUCUAAUCCGGAACACCGCGGUCUUCCGGAAGAUCUUCUGUUAUUUAAGCCUCUCACAACAAGUGGUAUCUCACACUUACGAAUUCAGAUUUCCGACACUAAAUCUACUGCGUCUGCGUCGGAUAUUCCGAUUUACGUAAGUUAA